AUGAGAAUUCAAUUGUAUAUUUGUCUGUUGCAAUUUUCCCUCGCAUACAGUUUGAAUUGUCAAGAUAUUUUGGAAAGGCCACGAGAGAAGAAACUAACAAUACGCGAGUUACAGAUGCUCCAACCAAAAGAUAUUGUGCAAUGCUUAGCCCAUUUAGGGAAGGAGCAGUUAGACAACUCGGAAGCUGAGUUUAUAUGGCAGUCGAUCAUAAGCCACUUCGGCGGGAUUGCGAGCAUUCCAGACGACAUACUUGUAUUACUACACUGGGUCACUCCUGCGGUCAAACCUGACGAUUAUUAUAACAUUACGUUCAGUAACAUCGAUGUCAUACAGAAUUUCGGUUUGAAUUACAAUUUGAAUUUUGACCAACUGUCUGCUUUGGCGAAUCGAGUGCGUGAAGAUUUUGCUGGAAAGGAGCCCGAGGAUUAUACUUAUUACGAUUUGACAGCGAUUCGACAGAUUUUGUGCGCCUUUAACAGGAGUGAGAUAGAAAGAAUACACCCCUCUGCUUUUAGGGAAGCGGCACUUGUUAUAGGAAAAUUAGAAAAUUGCAGUCCAGAUGUUAUGGCUGGUUUCGCAAUGUUAGCUAUACAAGACAACGCCUUCGGGCUUCCCAGCACCUGGUCCGAAGCAUCUAAGCAAGCUUUAGGAAAAGUUGCAGAUUUUGUGAAUAUUAGUUCACAAAACAACUUGAAUAAACAUGUAAAUGCAACUGCCAAGUAG